CAUCCAAUGUGUUUAAAUGCUGGAUAGGUGUAUGAGGUAAUUAGGCAAAUAAGCUUACUUGACCUUCCUCUACUUAGCCAACGAAUGAGUGGCCCCAAAGGAUAGUGUUACUCAGUCCUUACAAAAACACCAACUCCCGCCUCUCUAUCUCAGACACAGCUGUAUUAAAGUUUGGAAACCGUAUGAAAAAUGGUUUGAGGCGAUUUAAUGGGACUUCCACGAAGGUUUUGCAUGACAGCCCUAAUAUGAGUAAUUCCUUUCAUUAAUAAGCCUUCCCGAGAGUCGUUCAUUAAGGGGUCUCUGGUGCAUUUCCUCACUGUUGAUUGCGGCCUGUUCCGUUUUAGUCCAAGAAUUUUUUUUUUUUUUUGCAUAUCAACCCCCUCAGCUUGUUUUAAUAGUCUACUUCAAGAAGCCUUUUGACAGGCACGCCUUUUAUCCCCUUGUUGACUUCAAGGGGGGGGGGGGGGGAUAAGUAAGUCAUUUUCGGAUAGGUCUACGAAGGCAGCCAAUUAGAGGCGGACUGCGGCCCAAAGUAGUGAGAGGGGAGAAGGGAUGGGGAGCCGAGCUCUGCUCAGGACACAAACAAGCAGAGAGGGGAAAAAGUAGUCGGGGUCACACUGGAAAUACGCUAGAGACUAUUUUUUUGAACCAGGUAGAGAGCAUCCCUAUUCCGAGGAAAUUCACUCGCUUUUUUCCGAGGGGGUAUGCAGUCUUUAAAGACGCCUGCUUGGAGAACUACAGUAAAUUCAACAGUUUGUGACGCGCGUCGUUGAACUUCUAAGGUCAGUAAGAUGGUCGGGAGGCAGACGCACCGAAUGGACGGCGGCAAUUGCUCCGUGACGGCGACGGACGACAGCCCGGGCUCCAGUCCCGCGGGCCGGGUGCCGCAGCAGGCCGUCGGCAGAGGUCGGCCGGCGGCGGCCAACGCGGCGCGGGAGCGGAGCCGCGUGCAGACCCUGAGGAACGCCUUCCUGGAGCUGCAACGGACACUGCCGUCGGUGCCGCCCGACACCAAGCUGUCCAAACUGGACGUACUGAUUCUGGCCACAACGUACAUUGCCCACUUGACUCGAACUCUGCAAGAGGAAGGCGCCGAAGAAGGCGAGAGCACAAGACACGCGGAGGCGUUACACUCUCUCAAAGGGGAAGGAUACCUGCACCCGGUCAAGAAAUGGCCGAUGAGGUCCAGACUGUACGUGGGAGCGAGCGGCCAUUUCCUGACCAAUGCUCCAGAAUCUGAGAACCAAGGCCCGUCGUCAUCAUCAACAUCAUCGUCCAAGUAAAGCAUCCAACCGGUUGCCGUUUGCAUGAGCGGCGCUGAAGGACACGUUUAUUCCUACAUAUCGAUACAGGGAGACGGUGUAAAUUAAUAUAUGAUGUGUUUUUCCUCAGUGUUGUCGUCUUGAGUCUUGUUUGCAUUGUGCGGCUCCAUACACGUCCACCCUCGGUGUGAUCUUUGGCUAUAAUAAUAACGAGCCCGUCAUGCUUGGCGUGUGCACUUUCAGCUCGAGACGUUUGCGCUAAAAUGCAUGUGUGAAUAACUUAACAUGUGUCAUGUGAAGUGGUCUGUCAGAGGGUCGACAAUAGGG